GCGGAUGUUAUCAGUCUUGUCUGCUUCCUGUUGGCUAGCUGGACCGACAAUCAAAACACUGAUAGUUAAUGAUCUGUUUGAUACAAUAGCUGCUUUUUCUCAGCAGAAGCAAGUAGAUCAUUCCUGUACCCUGGUGGAGUACGGCUCCAACGUGACGUUCCAGAACCAGCAGGGGGAGCGGGCCUCCCAGAGUGCCGAGCGGCAGGGACACACCACCUGCGCUCGCUACCUGGUCGUCGUGGAAACAUGCAUGUCGUUGGCAUCGCAGGUUGUUAAGCUCACCAAACAGCUCAAUGAACAGGCAACAGACAGGAUCACUCUACAGAAACAACUGCAGGGACUGAUGGACCCCAACAAGACAGAGGGUUCACCUUCAAGAUCACCCAG